CAUUAGCGGAGAUAUCUUGGCCGCUGAAGGAGAAACAACAGCGUGGGACAGCAGGGCUAGCAGCUAGCUGAUGUUUACAAAGUAUAGCACGUAAUGGGCGCCAUGGCGAUGGAGAAAACGUUCCGCCAGUGGAAGAAGCAAUGUCUGAACAAGCUGGACCCGAGUAAGAAGGGCAGCGUGGAUGAGGACAUCGUCCACGUGGUGUCUCUGCUCAACAGCUGUGAGGAGUACUUCACCACGAGCUCCUGCUCCGGCAGAGUCAUGCUCAUCGACGGGGCCCCAGAGAGCAGCGAUGUUCACAAACAGAAUUGCGUUUGGCUGUUUGUCUCACACCGGAAAUGCCAGUCGGAGGACCUGAGCCCACUGUGUGUUCGCAGAUGUCUGGCCAGGUCCAGAGGAGAUGCAGUGUUUAAGUUUGAGCCCUUUGUGCUCCACGUUCAGUGUCGGCGGCUGGAAGACGCUCAGCUGAUGCACUCAGUGGCCAUCGACUCUGGCUUCAGGAACUCUGGUCUCACUGUGAGCAAGACAGGAAGAUGAUCACGUGACUGUAUUUUGUCCCUCUAGGCGGUCCGUAGCACCCACGGCCUGGAAGUUCCUCUCAGCCACGAAGGAAAGCUCCUGGUUGAACAGGAGUACAUCCAUUUCCUUACUCGGAUAGCCAAUCAGAAGGCGGAAGAGAACCAGAGACGGAUCCACAGGUUCUACCAGAAUCUCCAGUCAGCUCUAACUACAGUAAAACUCCAAAUCCCAAAUCCUCCCGUCUCACCCAAACCACAAGAGGCUAGACUGGAGACAGAAAGGGGGGAAGAAGAACAAAAGGAGGAGGAGGAGAAGAAAACAAGUGUGUAUAAACGGAGGUGGAAGAGAGAACAACACCAUCGGGCUGACCGUCGCCAUGGUGACAGGUCCAGCCUGGUGCCAGACCUGGAUGACUGUCGCCAUGGUGACAGGUCCAGCCUGGUGCCAGACCUGGAUGACUGUCGCCAUGGUGACAGGUCCAGCCUGGUGCCAGACCUGGAUGACUGUCUGGAUCUUUUCACAUGAAGCAGUGGCUCUGCAAGCGUGCUGACUAGGGUUAUAGUGGUGAGCAGGGUCGUCCUUCAAUCAGAGGAUCGGUGGUUCGAUCCCCGGCUCCGCUAGCCCAUGUCCAUGUGUCCUUGGGCAAGACACUUAACCCCAAAUUGCUCCUGUAGCUGUGCACACGGUGUGUGAAUGUGUGUGAAUAUUAGCUCCUCCCAUCAGUGUGUGAAAGGGUGAAUGAUUUCAUGUAGUGUUGAUGCGCUUUGAGAAAAGAUCUCUACAAGUACAGUUUAUUUACCAUGUACAUGCUCCCGUCAUGACUGACUCGAUAAUAUUGCCUAUAGUUAGUUUUAUUUUUGAGAGCUGGGGUCUGUAUCACUAAGAGGAUCACCAUGGUAACCCACACUGCAUCGCUAACCUGCUCUGGAGAAGGUUUGAGUCAAUAGAUCAUAGAGUAAUGUUCUGUCAUUUCUACACCGCCCCAACAUGGACAGAAGAACUGCAUUAACAAUAAAACAUCAGAAGACACUUUGUUUACCAUGAUUUCAGAAAUGAAACAUUCUGUACUUGUUGAAUAAUUCUAAUUGCAAAGUGUGAGCUAUCAGCAAAGGUACGCUCCCAUGGGGCCUUGACUCAUGGGCGUGCUGCUACUGUUUGUCUAGUUUUAAAUGACAAUGCAUCCUUUGUCUGCCAGCUCAGGCUCAUUCUAGACCAAAUGACCGUAUCGUAGGAGAGCUUUAACCUCGGAGGGUUUUCCCAGAACACUGCAGUCCGGUUGCUUGAUGAUGGUCAUCAUAUGCAAGACUGGAAUUAGAUCAAACCUGUGUUGUCAGCAACACAAAUGUUCUUUUUCAUUCAUAUCUAAAGGGUUGAAAUCACAUAUGUGUGUUCACAGGGCCACUGGUUCUAGUUGGAGAAGAUGUACCUGUUAACUGGUUUACAGUCACCUUAUACUGGCUCGGUGUGGGAGGUACACUUCCUCACACACUGUUCGGUGCACUGUGUUGAAGCUAUACAAUCUGUGCAAUGUAAUACUUAAGACUUGUCGUCCUGUCAGAUGUGUGCCUAAGCUUUGACUGAGAGCUUAUGAUGUCAUGUCUCGGUCUUAACACUGGAGGGCAGCAAUGCUUUUGUAUCAGAACUCCAAGGUGUAUCAGUCUUUAGUGACAGUCACUGGGAUCGAACUAUGCUACUGUAUACAUCUGAAUAAAUGUGAUCUUUUUUUUUAAUC